UUUGACGUUUGUGAAUGGAAAAAGAACAACUGUCACAUCAUAAGUUUGUAAACAUUGUAUCAGGGAAACGUGCGUUUUUUUUUGUUUUGUGAACUGAUUAUGUCCGCUCAAUGGAAAAAGUAUGUUUUGUGGUUUGCUCAGGAGCACGUCGACUUUCGGCAAGCCGAAAUCGCUUCGCUUCUUCGAUUAUGGAAUUUACCAAUGAGAACCGCUCAAGAUCACAAACCUGAAAAUCCAUUUUGGAUUGUAGAACUUCAAAACGAUGAGUCUGCCAAAAAGCUGGCUUCUCGGUCGAUGUCACUGCGGUGUAUUUUUGAGCUGUGGUCCCACUCGAAAUCGUUCAGUGCCUUCCACGAACAGUUAAGUGGAUUCAUUCAAACCAACAGAUCGGCAUUAGACUCGUUGUUCAGUAAGGAUCGCAGCUUUAAGGUGACUGUCGAAACGUACAAUAAACAUUUCAGCCAAGCGGAGAAAGUGGCUAAAAUGGAGACGAUGCAUUAUUUGCCAGCUGAAGGUCCUGUUAAAUUGAACGCACCGGAUGUUCACUAUUGGUAUCUGGAAUUCUGGGGUUUGGACCCGAUGGACGUUCCCGAGCAACCGUUGGAUAUUAUGUUCGGUAAAUGGGUGGCUGAUGGGAGUCGGGAUACCAUCAACGAGUUAUCGCUGAAGAAGCGUAAAUUUAUCGGGAAUACAUCGAUGGAUCCACAGUUGUCGCUGCUGAUGGCCAAUCAGGCUCUGGCAAAGCGAGGUGAUGUAGUUUUUGAUCCAUUUGUUGGAUCUGGUUCGCUGCUGGUGGCUGCAGCUAAGUUUGGUGCCUACGUUAUGGGUUCAGAUAUCGAUUACAUGACGGUACACGGUAAGUCCAAGCCAACCAGGGCGAAUCAAAAGGUGCGCGCGUGCGAUGAAAGUAUCUACGCCAACCUGACACAGUACGGUUGCGAGGGACAGUACCUAGAUGUUCUAAUUUCGGACUUCAGCAGGAGUAUUUGGAAUGAUUGCAUUCAGUUCGAUAGCAUAGUAACGGAUCCCCCGUAUGGAAUUCGAGAAGCUACGGAACGGGUCGAAUUUAAAACGCAACGACGGGCCACUUGUUUAAAUGAAGGAGUUGUGCACUAUCCGUCCACAUCGCCUUACCAGUUUGAUCAACUGUACCGUGAUCUACUUAACUUUUCCGCUCAGCAUCUUAAAAUGGGAGGACGUUUAGUUUGCUGGUUUCCACUUCUUAGAAAAGAUUUUUCGCCGGAAAUGGUGCCGCAGCAUAAAUGUUUACAGUUGAUAGCUAACUCAGAGCAGCCGCUGACGGUUUACAGUGCGCGUCGUUUGUUGACCUACGAGAAAGUAUCGGAUCGAUCGGAAGAUAUGCUUGCGUACGAGCUGUCACAGGUAAUGGUGGAUAGUUUCCGGCAGCGUUUGAUGAGCACGGUGUUACAAAACAGUGGCACACGAAAGGAACGUCGGUUAGCAUUACGAAAGGUGGGUGUCGAAGAAGCCAUCAAACGAGGAAAGAAGCUUGCCGCAGACGGAAAGUGGAAAUAUGAAUUACAACAGAAUGACAACACUUCGGAUAAGUGAAAACGAGUGUCCUAUUUCAUUAAAAGAAAUUCCGAUGUUUUUAUUUUCUAGUUUAAGUGGGAUUGUUGCGCUCUUAAAGGAAAGGAAUUGUGUGAUAAUAUUUGAACGGGUCUACUACGAAAGGCUGAAACUCAAAAGGCUGAAACAUGAAAGGCUGAAAUUCGAAAGGCUGAAUCACGAAAGGCUGAAAACUACAUAAGGCUGAAAACACGAAAGGCUGAAAACACGAAAGGCUGAAUCACGAAAAGCUGAAAAAUCAUAAGGCUGAAAUUCACAAAGUUCAUUUCUAAAAGAACACUCGCGGCCUACGGCCGACUCGAUUGUCCGAGAUGUAUGCUGUCCUUACUCGCUAUCGCUCGUUCGGACUAAACUAGGGGAUCACCCCUACGAGUCAGUAGACCUAGGAAAACGAACGAACCUAUACAGAGGUGAUUUCUGCGGGGGGGCUGCCCCCCCGCAGUGGCCGGCGCUUCCGACGGCGGGUCGCCGGCGCACACUCGCGGCCUUCGGCCGUCUCGCCCUGAAUUAUCUAGGAAACGUGUACAAGAGUCAAGUGUGUAUAGAUUCAAAUGUUGCCGAAAAUUAUUUUCCAUUGCACAAACCAAUUAAUACUCAAACAUUAAACUCUUUCACCUUAUA